CCGGCCGCCUCCCCGCCAUCUUGGAGCGAGUGGAGCGCCGCCCGCGGCCCGAGCCGGUUCCGAGCCGCAGGCCGGCCGCGCUGAGUCUGCCGGCGCCGUGUUUGUGGGCGCCUCGCCCGGCCGCGCCCAUGUGUGCGCGGCCCGCUCCAGGCCGCCCGGGCUUCGCCUCCAGCCGGGCCUCCGAGGAGCCGCCGCGACGCGCGGCCCGCGGGGCAGGUGAAGAGAUUAUAAAUCUACUGAAUGAAAAAAUUUUUCUUAAGGUUGCAUAUACUCCAAGAGAAAAUCCCAAAUGUUUUUAUAUUUUGCCUAAAUACAAAAUUUAAACAAGGAGUUUCCACAGAAGGGCUCUGUUCAUGGAACUGCAUGAUUGUAUGGGCAGCAUCUCUCUUUGGAAGCUGCCUUGUGUCUGAUGGUCGUACUAACCAGAAAACGUACAUGAAGAGGCAGAACUUGAAGUUCCUUUCAUUUGGCUGUUGGGUGUCAGUGGUGAUGUGAAUAGAGGUUCUCAGAUGCUGGUCUGUGUGAUAUGGGUGAGCUCUGUGGCCAUCACCAUGUUCUGGAAGUUUGACUUGAACACCACAUCCCACGUCGACAAGCUGCUGGAUAAGGAGGAUGUGACUCUGCGAGAGUUGAUGGAUGAAGAUGACAUCUUGCAGGAGUGCAAGGCCCAGAACCGGAAGCUGCUGGACUUCCUGUGCCGGCGGCAGAGCAUGGAGGAGCUGGUGAGCCUCGUCACGCAGGACCCGGCCCUGGACAUGGAGGAGAAGGUCCGCUUCAAGUACCCCCACACGGCCUGUGAGCUGCUGACGUGUGACGUGCCGCAGAUCAGCGACAGGCUGGGAGGGGACGAGACUUUGCUGAACCUCCUUUAUGACUUCUUGGACCGUGAGCCGCCCCUCAAUCCUCUGCUCGCCAGUUUUUUCAGCAAGACCAUUGGCAAUCUCAUCGCAAGAAAGACUGAACAGGUGAUCGUGUUCUUGAGGAAGAAGGAGCAGUUCAUCAGCCUGGUGUUGAAGCACAUCGGCACCUCGGCCCUCAUGGACCUGCUGCUGCGCCUGGCCAGCUGCGUCGAGCCUGCCGGGCUCCGGCAGGAGGUCCUGCACUGGCUGAGUGGGGAGAAGGUCAUCCAGAGGCUCGUGGAGCUGAUCCAUCCGAGUCAGGAUGAGGACAGGCAGUCCAACGCUGCUCAGACGCUCUGUGACAUCGUCAGGCUGGCCAGGGAGCAGGGCGGCCAGCUGCAGGAGGCUCCGGAGACAGACCCCCUCCUCCUGGUGCUGGAGUCGCAGGACUGCGUGGAGCAGCUGCUGAGGAACAUGUUUGACGGAGCCCAGACCGAGCUCUGCCUGGUCAGUGGGACCCAGGUGUUGCUGGCCCUGCUGGAGCCCCGGCGGGCGGGGACGGAGGGCUUGCUGGACUCCUGCUCUCAGGGACUGGACAGGCUGUGCGCCGUCAGCUCCGGCGUCCUGCGCGGCAUCGAGCCACGGCUGAAGGACUUCCACCAGCUUCUGCUCAGCCCACCGAAGAAAGCAGCCAUCCUGACCACCGUGGGCGUGCUGGAGGAGCCCCUGGGCAGCGCCCGCCUGCACGGCGCCCGCCUCGUGGCCGCUCUGCUGCACACGGACACACCCAGCGUCAACCAGGAGCUCUGCCGCCUCGACACCAUGGGCGUGCUGCUGGACCUGUUCUUUCAGUACACCUGGAAUAACUUCCUGCACUUGCAAGUGGAGCUGUGCGUGGCCGCCAUCCUGUCCCACGCUGCUCAGGAGGACAGGGCCGCGGCCAGUGCGCCUGAGUGUGGGGCAGGGCCUCCGCCCUCCCUCGGGGACCCAGAGACCCCCCAGCCUGCCGCCCGCCGCAGGGAGAGCACGAUGGUGACCCACCUGUUCCAGAAGUGUUGCCUGGUCCAGCGGAUCCUGGAGGCCUGGGAAGCCAACGACCACGCACAGGCCGCGGGUGGCAUGAGGCGUGGCAACAUGGGCCACCUCACUCGGAUCGCGAACGCGGUGGUGCAGAGCCUGGAGGGGGGCCCCCUGCAGGCCCAGGUCAGCGAGGUCAUCCGAGGGCUCCCCGCAGACUGCCGUGGUCGCUGGGAGAGCUUCGUGGAAGAGACGCUGACGGAGGCCAACCGCAGGAACGCGGUGGACCUGGUUAGCACGCACCACCUUCACCCCUCGAGUGAGGACGAGGACAUGGAGGGCGUUUUCCCUAACGCGCUGUCCCUUCAGCAGGCAUUCUCCGAGUACCAGGUCCAGCAGAUGACAGCCACCUUCGUGGACCAGUUCGGCUUCAGUGACGAGGACUUUGCCGAGCAGGAUGGCAGCGUCAACGCCCCGUUUGACAGGAUCGCGGAGAUCAGCUUCCGCGUGGACGCGGAUGAGGACGGCCCCGGCGCCGCUCUGUUUGAGGCCUGCUGCGGCGACCACAUCCAGCCCUUUGACGAGGACGACGACCUCUGGGAGGACGAGGAGACGCAGCGUGCAGCCCGGGCGCCCAGGGCCAGGUUCGGGGGCCCUCCUGCUGCGGAGAGCUGCCUGGAGGACGGCCCGGAGAGCCCAGGCCAGGGCGGGGCGGAGAGCCCGGGAGCGGGCAGGCAUGCGGGUCGCACGGGCGCCCCCCAGGCUGUUGCGCAGAAGGAAGGUCCCCACGUGGAGGGUGGCUCAGAAGCAGGCGCCCCGUGGAUGGUGUUUGAUGAGCCGGCGGGUUCCGUGGCCUUGGGCCCGGGCCCAGCAGUGGCGAUGGACGUGGGUUCCCGUGUGUGGGCAGUCAGCUCCCCCGGCACCUCGGCUCCGGAGGAGAAGGGCUGGGCCACGUUCGCCGACUUCCAGCCUUUCUGUUGCUCUGAGUCGGGGCCCAGAUGCAGCUCCCCGGUGGACACGGGUCACGGCGAUGCCCAGGGUGGCCUGAACCAGGGCCCAGAGAGAACCUUUGUCCCGGCCGCUGCGGGGGCCUGGAACGCGUGUGUUACCAGGAAGGCACCCCCGGUGGCCGCAAGCAGCCGUGAGGACCCGCAGAAGGUGGCUGCUGCCUCGGAGGCUGUGAGCGUGGGUCCCGGCCAGGAAGCCCCCCCGCCACCCGCGUCAGGGCCCAGGGCCACGUGCACCACCAGCAUGCCAGACCCCGCCUCCUGUGCCCCUGCGCGAGUGAUCUCUGCCCCAGCCGUGGCCAUCCUCCCUGAGGCCGCCGUGGCAGGCGCCACGGCCCCGAGCAUCACCGGCCCCGCCCCGGCCACCCUGGCAGUCUCCCCGGUGCUGGCCGUGGCCGUCCUCCCAGGGCCUUUGGUGGCUGUCACCACGGCAGCCCCAGCCAGCCCAGCCGUCUCCACGCCGGCCGCCCUGGGGACGGUGACAAAGGACAGGCGGACUGACGCGCGGCCCGCCCGAGCCGCCUUAAACGGCCCCGUGUGACGCUGCCGCCGCCCGGCCUCGGCGCCGAGCUGAGAAAACUACCUGGUGACGCAGUUUCUCUUCUUUUAAUUUAAUUUAAUUUUAAAAUAAAUGCUGCCUUGGUAAAGCUGGCAGUUGGAACCAGUCGGACGGCCCAGCCUACGUUUCUCCUGCCGGACCCCAGGCGGGUCCUGAGGGGCCAGCCCCACGCACAGCAAUAAGGCCUCAGACGUGGGCCCUGCCCGUGGGCCCCUGGGCCGUGACUCCAGAAGCCGCGAGGACGGAGGGCCAGGCUGGGUGCCACAGGCUCUGAGCCUGUUUUUAUCGAUUUUUUAACAAACGCAGAGCCAUGUGUUUGCACUUUUUAUCUGGCUGCAGAAGAGGGUCUCCAAGGCUCUGGGGACAGAUGCGGGUCUGGAGCUGGGCUGGCCAGGCAGGGUCUCAGCUGCCCGGUGGCCCUGGGAGCUGGCCUUGAGCCAAGCUGCAAAUUUGACUGCCUUAAAAAAACGCACCCUCGGCCUGGCAGGGGGUCCCGGGCUUCCCGCCACAGCGGGCACUGGGGGUCCCUGGCAGGAGCUGGCCGUGGGCGUGCAGGAUGCGGUGCAGAGGGCCCAGCAGUGCUGGCGGUGGGGGCGCUGCACGUGCCGUGGAGGCUGGGGGCCGCGCUGUCCGGGGCGGG